UGACAAAGGUUGCUGUAGCAAGCUAGGUACAGUAGCUAUCUAACAUGACCUAUCUAGCUAGAAACAGUAGAUAUGUCAACGAAAUUAUUUCCUAAAAUAUGUGUUAAACAGAAUAGUAUUUUAGAAGACAAAUGUAAGUAUGAGCCCUAUGGGUUCUAUUUAGCCAUUGAUCAUGACUCCGUUCCAUGACAUGACACAUAAGUCAUUGGACAAAGGCGUCUUCUGUAGGGGGGUGUUUUGUUAAGAUCCCUGACGCUAGAUCUGAACAUUAACACGCAUCGCUUGCGGUACGGUAUUGGAAGCAUAAGGACCUUCUCUUUCAUAUCAGCGAGACAGGGUGGUUUGUGUUCCCAUACGGCCAUAUCACCAUGUUACAGCACUUGUUUACGGAAAACAGACAGAAGACAAGAGGCGACCACCUGUGCUAAUUAGCUAUCUAGCAUGCCCAGAACAGCUGUGCAUAAGCAUAAUUCAGGAAGUCUAGCAAGAAAUGUAGUUUCGUUGGAUGGAGGCAUCCAUAGCUGUAUGGAUCUAUGCAAAACUGCUACAGUAAUUUUAUUCGAAGGAUUCUUUCUCGCUGAUGAAAGAUAAUGGCUAUAUGUUUCGAAAGCCUUAUCACAAGCGAUGAUUAUUUACGUUUCUAAACGUUAAAUAUGCACUAUGCAGACAACGCUCCACAAUUUCCUGGUUGCUAACAGUCUAAUAGUUUGCCUAAUUUCAGUUUAUGUGACAAAACAAGCUAGUAUAGUGUAGACUAUCAUUGUACCAUCUAAACUGCUGUGAAAUAUCUGUUCCAUAACCAAAAAUAUUGUAUUUUCAGCUGUUUGAAGCUGGUGUACAAAACCAAAAGUAAAAUAUGCAAAAACGAAACUUAAGAACAGGGAGCAUAGAAAUAGCACACAUAUAACAGAUCUACCAUUUUGCAGACUUGCGUUCAAUGAGAAUGACAGAUCUAUAACACACAUUUCUAUGCGAAUUUCGUUGGGUCCCCCAAAAAGUUACAUAUUGCAGCUUUAACCCAGCAUUGGGAUUGUAGUUGUGGGCAAAGCUAAUUGAGUAGCACAGUAUGAGUCAGACAACCUGGAGAUGGUUCCAAUUGUUUUUUCACCAUACAUUUUUCCAUCUGGGAUUUUAGAACUACUUCAUAUAAGGUCUGUGUUUUGUGUAGGCUUACCCUGGCUUGACGUUUUGAUAACCGCACAAAUCUCUCUAGGACAAGGUCACUUUUAUCAGUAAUUAGCUUUGCUCAUUUUUUUUGAGUAAAUAAUAUAUUGAUAAAACUCAACUUGUCCGAGAAAUAAUUACACGGCUAGCAAAACAUCACAAGGUAAGCCUACACCAAACACACAAUUCAUUUGAAUUUUUUGUUAAAUGAAUGGCGGAAAACCCAUUGGGACCAUUUCCGUGUUUUUAUGGGUAUUAUGGCGCGUCCAUUGUGGAGGACUAUGGCUGAGAACUGUAGGGAGAAGGCAGAAUGCCACCUAGAGUUUGAGAGCUAGGGUCUAUUCAUCUUUUUUAAUUUAAAAAAAUAAUAUUCUUCAUCAACCAUCUCCCUGACCACCUUCCUCUAUUCAAGCCAUGAACUGUCCCUCUCCAUUUUUGGCACUCAAAGACUUGGCCUGUAUUGGUUGAUGUAACUAUACAGUAGCUAGGCUACUCGUGAUGAUGUAUUGCUUGUUUGUUUUUUGCUUUUGAAGCACUUUGUGAUUGUUAUGAAAAGGGCAAUAGAAAAUUUAUAAAUUAUACAUUAUUAUUCACACUGGUCAAGUAACUUAGCAAAGGCUAAAAUUAGUAUCUGCUAAAAUGCUGUAGCUAUAACCAGGAUAUAUUAUGUUAUCAACAUGUACAGUAGCUACAUAAAUUAGACAUUUCAACAGCUCCUGACAAGGAAUUUACAUCAAUUAAUGUAUUGCCUGUUAUUAUUUGAUGUCAUUAGCCCUGUACAAUCAAUUUUAUCUUAUCUGUCUUACAGAUCUGACAUAACAACCACAUCAAAAUGCUUCCAGUAGCCUACUGUCAAAGGGUGAAAAUGUUUAUAGCGAUGGGAGUGUUGAACAACACACGGCAGCUUGCUCUGAAAGCUGUGAGAUGGCAGACUAGCACAAGCCCUUUCUCAAUAUCCAGAUCAUGGCUAUCUACUGUACCCCAGAUAGGGGACCAAAACAUCCUGCUAAUGGGUCCGCCUGGAGCAGGAAAAACCUCAGUGGGGCGUGUUGUUGCUCAAAGACUAGGAGUGCCUGUCAUUGACGUGGACGACCAUGUCCUGGAGGUGACAUGGAAGAUGCCGGUGGCUGACAAGCUGGCUGAGGUCGGAGGUGAACGUUUCCUGGAAGAAGAGGGUCAGGCUCUGUGCAAAUUCUCCACCUCUGGUAGUGUCAUCUCCCUAACAGGAUCCAACCCACUCCACUCUGGGGCUAUGCAGCACCUCAAACGCACUGGCCUGGUAGUGUAUCUGGAUGUAGCCACCGAUGACAUCAUACAGAGGCUCUCCAGGAUGAAGGUUAACAGGAUUGUGGGCCAGGAGGCUGGGGUCCCCAUGAGGCAGAUUCUACACUACAGGAAGCAGUUUUAUGAGAAAUGGCUUGACACUAGAGUGCUCUGUGGGACUGGAGAUACUGUUGAGGAGAUUGCAGAGAAGGUGCUUCAGGCUGUGGAGAGAUACCAGAACUCGGAUUCGGAGACCUUUGUGUCAACCAGGAGUGAUAACGGAUCAUCUAGUGAUUCAAAAUACUUCAGUGACGUUGUUUUAGAGGGGUUAGCUCCUGAUGGUGGACUAUACGUGCCCCAAAAAGGCUUUCCAAAGCUCGACGCACGAGAAUGGCUAAGACUAGCAGAAAUGUCCUAUCCUGAACGAGCCUUAGCCAUCCUUGAAAAGUGCAUACACCCCAUGGAUAUCCCUGGUACCGAGCUCAGAAGAAUGGUGUUCAGAGCUUACGGGGUUAACUUUGCCAGCGAGGCCAUUGCACCGGUGAAACACCUUAUUCAUAACCAGUUUGUGCAGGAGCUCUUCCACGGCCCCACUGCUUCGUUUAAAGACCUGGCAUUGCAGUUGAUGCCUCAGCUCUUUGCCUAUUGUCUCCCACAAAUGUGCAACUACCUCAUCCUUGUGGCAACAUCCGGUGAUACCGGCAGUGCAGUGCUGAGUGGGUUCGGCAGCCUGAAUGACCUGGACCGGCAGAGGGUCGGCGUGCUGGUGUUCUUCCCAGAGGAAGGAGUGAGUGAGAUCCAGAAGCUACAGUUGACAGCCUACAUAAAGGCCAAUGCCAGGGCUGUCAGUGUCCUAUCCGACUUUGACUUCUGCCAGAGGGCCAUUAAGACCAUGUUUGGGGAUUCAGGUCUGACAGGACAUUUGGCUAUGGAGUAUGGCACUGUCCUCAGCACCGCUAACUCCAUCAAUUGGGCAAGGCUGCUACCACAGGUGAGGUCAUGCUGUAAGAUGACAUGGUAGUACUUGUGUUAUUACGACUCACAAAAUGUGCUUGAUAUAUGAACUGUAAACUGAUUAUUUCUUAUUUGUAUUAUAGGGGAUUAACAAACCCUUCUUAAUUCUAUACAGGGGUGGGGGUGAAUACAUUCUAAAUUAACAUGAAUUACAUAUAGCUAUCCUAAACAAUUCAUUAUUGUUUGAUUUAUUCAUUUCAUUUCAUUCAGUCUAGGCUACUUAAUAUCUUGGUAUGUUGUUGUACAGCUCAAGUAGCAUUACUUCAUUACCUCCUGUUUCUCCCCAGGUGGUCUAUCACGCCUCAGCAUAUCUAGAUCUUUUCAAAGAUGGGGUUGUCAAGUUCGGAGAGCCCAUUGAUGUAUGCAUCCCUACCGGUAACUUUGGCAAUGCCAUGGCAGCCCUGUACGCUAAGCAAAUGGGUAUCCCAAUAAGAAAAAUCAUCUGCGCUUCCAACCAAAACCGAAUAGUUUCCGACUUUAUUACGACAGGGGUGUGUGAUCUCCGAAACCAGCCUCUCAUUGCCUCGCACUCCCCAGCCAUAGACAUCCUUAAAUCCUCCAACCUGGAGAGAUUUCUCUACCACACCUCAGGUGGUGAUGGCCAUCUUGUUAGAGAUCUGUUCACACGCUUAGAGAAAGACCAGUACUUCAAAGUCUCUGAGUCAUUGCUUCAAAAGAUACAGGAGGAUGUGGUGGCUGGCUGGUGCUCUGAAGAGGAAUGUCUGGCUGCCAUCCAAAAUGUUCACACCAAAACUGGUUACGUGAUGGACACACACACCGCCGUUGCCAAGGCGGUUGCUGACCGGCUACAGGACCCGUGGUGUCCAGUGGUGAUCUGUUCCACAGCGCACCAUGGGAAGUUUGCCCCCGCAGUCCUCAAAGCGCUGCAGUGCCCGAACACUCAUUACAACACCUCAGAUCCUCUGGACCAGCUGAGGGAGCUGGCCUCUGUAGCGUCCACACCUCGGAUGCACCAAAAAAUGCUUCAGUGCCUGAAGGAAAACAGUAGAGGAGAACAUACAGUGUGUCAAGCUGAUUUCAGUGUGUUAGUGGAGGAGGUGGAAUCCAUGAUUCAAGACUCUUUCUUGAAAGUUCUUUAGGUCUCUUUCAGAUAAACAAACAGUUAAUGACUCUGGACCAGGUGUAGUGUGGUAGUGUGGUACAUUUUAUUUUCAUUCAGUCUGUUGAGGGCAGUUGAACAUGAAAGUCAAUUCACGAAUUGAUAAACCAUUAUAUGAAUUAAUGUGGGGGUUUUUUUGUCUUAUGAAUUGUGCAAUUGAUCUCCUUAUUUGACAGAAUUUGGGUUUAGAUUAUGUUUCUACAGCGACUGGAGAUGUCCUAACCACAUACAGUGCCUUCAGAAAGUAUUCAGACCACUUGACUUUUUC